GGGAGCUGUUGGGAAAGUGUUGGGUUGUUUUCGGGCUUCUUGGGCUUAAGCGCGGUUGGGUAAUCUCGCCAGUUCUUCUCACCCGCCUCAAACCGGUCCCCGGCCCGCAAGCCUCGCCCGAGGGGUGUGGUACUCGACUCCUUCCCCGGGGGCCGUGGGACCCGCUGGUUGCCCGAGUCCCCUGCCCCUUCCCUGCAGUGAGGCCCCGUCCGGCUUCCCGGAGUCCCCGCAGAGCCCCGCCAUGGGUAACACGAGCAGCGAGCGGGCUGCGCUGGAGCGGCAGGGCGGCCACAAGACGCCGCGAAGGGACAGCUCGGGGGGCGCCAAGGACGGGGACAGGCCCAAGAUCCUGAUGGACAGUCCCGAGGACGCCGACCUCUUCCACUCCGAGGAAAUCAAGGCUCCAGAGAAGGAGGAAUUCCUGGCUUGGCAGCAUGAUCUGGAGGUGAAUGAUAAAGCCCCUGCCCAGGCUCGGCCAACAGUAUUUCGAUGGACGGGGGGCGGAAAGGAAGUUUACUUAUCUGGGUCCUUCAACAACUGGAGUAAACUUCCCCUCACAAGAAGCCACAAUAACUUUGUAGCCAUCCUGGACCUGCCUGAAGGAGAGCAUCAGUACAAGUUCUUUGUGGAUGGGCAGUGGACGCAUGACCCUUCCGAGCCAAUAGUAACCAGCCAGCUUGGCACAGUUAACAACAUCAUUCAAGUGAAGAAAACUGACUUUGAAGUAUUUGAUGCUUUAAUGGUGGAUUCCCAAAAGUGCUCCGAUGUGUCUGAGCUGUCCAGCUCCCCACCGGGACCCUACCAUCAGGAGCCCUAUGUCUCAAAACCAGAAGAACGGUUUAAAGCCCCACCCAUUCUCCCUCCACAUCUGCUCCAGGUCAUCCUGAACAAGGACACGGGGAUUUCUUGUGAUCCAGCUUUGCUCCCUGAGCCCAACCACGUCAUGUUGAACCACCUUUACGCGCUCUCUAUCAAGGAUGGAGUGAUGGUGCUCAGCGCGACCCACCGAUACAAGAAAAAGUAUGUCACCACCUUGUUAUACAAGCCCAUAUGAAGAGCUGGGAGCCAGCGGUGGGCCCCAGGGAACAGUGUGCACCCCCAGGCUCCACGCGUGCAUGCUUUCCACUAGAGGGAAUGGACUGUAAAUUUUUCAUUUCACACUCUAUAAGACAUUUCAUACCCGCCAUAGUUCUGCUUGAAGGUUUGUUCCAGGCGUGGCAGCUCCCGAAGCGCCUCCUGUCUGUAACAGUCCUCUGGGCACCCAGUGGCUUUGAGCCUCAGGGCUCACUAGAGCUGAGAACAGAGUGAGGGGACACAGGUCUGUGGCCCCCAUACCACAGUGCAUGAGGACAGGUGCAAUUCUUAACAGACAUCUUCUGAGCUGGUCGUGGAGAUGCUUCUUAAGCCAAAAAUGAACCCUAGCCACUUUGCUGGUAAAAUCUGGGAAGCAGGGACAGAGGCCACACAGAAUGUCUAAUCAUAUGUG